UCAACUAUGACAAACCAAACAAACUCGCCUUGGCCGUUGGUGUAAAUCAUUGAUGUGACAUUUGUAAUAUCUUGAUUUUUAUAAUGGAUUAUUAAAAGUCUAGCAGUAUAUAACAGAAAUUAAAUUUGUCUAACAUUAACCAUAAUGAUACAAAACGAGUCGACAUGGCGGAAAAGCGGCGAGUGGAAAUCGCGAUACUCCCAACUGUACUCCCGCCGCCUCACCAUCCCGAAAGAGGCAGAACACCGGCGUUGCAUUUCAUUUAUGGAGAACGACAGCACCCCGUACAACGAUCUGCUGAUGAAGCUUCGCUGCAGUCGGCCGAGUACCUCCAGCACGACCGAGCCUGACGUCAGCUCAGUCAACUCCAGCAACGAGAUCCAAACCAUACUGUCGCAGCAGAGCGAGAUGUACCCCAGCUGCUGCUCGCCUACCAUAACGCGUAGUCUGGGACAGCACGACACAAUGUUGCUGGAUAUGGUGCGCGAGCGCAACCGCGAGCUGCAGGAGGCGCAGGACCAGCCGCUCGAGCUUCCCGGCGACGACGCUUCUGAAGACUUGUCCAUUGAGCCCUGUAUGCACGGGAUGAGCCACCGCUUCACUGAGCGUAGCGUGUCCCGCUCUCGGUUCUCUCGCAUCUCGACGAAACGCGACAUGGACAUACCCUCAAUACUGGCCUAUAACAUCAGCGACACCCUACCGACAAACUUACCACUCGGAAUACCAGCGUUCCAGCAAAAGGAAUCCUUGUCGAAAUGUAAUGAGAUUCCCAGAUGGUCCAUACGCCGCUCCGUGUGCCCAGUCUGCUCGCAAAAAUGGAAGGACCGCAGCUUUGUAAACAAAAUUAAAAACUCAGGCUUAAAAAGAAACCUUUUACAAGACAUGCCUUCUGUAAUAGCACCAGCACGCUUAAGAUCGGCAGCGAGAGAUAACCUCCGGCCAGUCCCCAUGGAUGUGGAAGACAACCCCGUCUCUCCCGGACUACGCAGCCGCAGCGCCACCUGGCAGUUGAUCCGCGCGCGACGCAUACGCAUGCCCAAGCCGCAACUACCGUCGCCAGAGGCGCCGCCCUGCGGCACAGCGCCAAACGAGCAAAAAGAUUUAAACAUGCGCGUCAACAACUUUUUAUUAACCUAGAAUAGUUAUUUGUUUUACAAGGGGGCAAAGUUGUUGUUUAACCGCUCGUGCUAAUAUUGAUACCCGAGCAAGCGAAAGAUUCCAAAAUGGAACCACGAGCGUAGCGAGUGGUUCGAAAAAUGGAAUCUUGAGCGUUGCGAGGGUUUCAAACCACGAGGGUUAAACAAAAUUUGCCCCCGAGUGAAACAUAAAAUUUUUCACCACACCACUCCGAAGCAAAUAUUAAAUGUAAAACAUGAAACAAAAUCAAACCAAAUCAUAUCCAAAUGAAUGUUAUUAAAUAUUUAUCAUCCAAAAUCAUCAUUUAAAAGUCAAUUCUACCAGUAAACAUAAUGAAAAUUACUCAAAAUUUACAUUUGAUUACUUUGCCUCACAU